UCUCUGCGACCACCCAAAGUCCUAGGUUCUAACGCUAUCCUCUCCAUGGAUAACGACGCCCAAACAGAGCGUAUAAAAGCCGCCGGUCUUUGAAUGGCCCCGCGGAGCAGCCUUUGUUUGUGCUGGGAAACGACAAGCCCAGAUAGCCGGCCGGGGAAGCUUCCACUCGAAAGGGAAGUCGUCCUUUUUAACUUUAAGUAAACCCUUCCAAUUCCCGACGCCAACCCCUUCUCGCUCUCGCCGAGGUUUCGAGCUCUCCGCGGGCGCGCGCAAGAGAGAGAGAGAGAGAGAGAGAGACAGACAGACAGAGAUGGCAGGUCGGUACGAACCCAACCCCUUCGACGAGGAGGAGGUCAACCCCUUCUCGGAGCCAACACUUCGUGGAAAAGCAGCAGGACAAUCAAACUAUGGUCAUGGUGGAGGUCCAUUCUUUACUACACACCCCGGUAGUAGUCUUUCGGAUUCUAGACUCUCACCUCUUCCUCCAGAACCUGCUGAGCUUUACAAUGAUCGUGGUGCAACAAUGGAUAUUCCUUUUGAUACAACAAAGGACCUAAAAAGGAAAGAGAAGGAGCUCCAAGCCAAGGAGGCAGAAUUGAAGAAGAGGGAACAGGAAUUAAAACGAAGGGAAGAUGCAGUAGCAAGGGCUGGAAUUGUUAUAGAGAAAAAAAACUGGCCACCUUGUUUCCCCAUAAUUCACCACGAUAUUGCAAAUGAAAUCCCCAUUUACUCACAAAGGAUGCAGUAUCUUGCAUUUGCCUCCUUUUUAGGAUUAACUGCAUGUCUGUUUUGGAAUAUCAUUGCAGUCACAGCAGCUUGGAUUAAGGGUGAAGGUGUGAAAAUCUGGUUCCUUGCUAUAAUCUACUUUAUUGCGGGUUGUCCGUUAGCUUAUGUGUUGUGGUACCGUCCUCUUUAUCGUGCAAUGAGGACUGAAAGUGCUCUGAAGUUUGGAUGGUUUUUCAUAUUUUACAUGGUUCACAUUGCUUUCUGCAUCUAUUGUGCUGUUGCUCCUCCUUUUCCUUUCAAGGGAAAAUCUUUGACUGGUAUCCUUGCAGCAAUAGAUGUCAUUGGUGAUAAUGUUAUAGUUGGGAUCUUCUACUUCAUUGGAUUCGGGUUCUUCUGCAUUGAGUCACUGAUCAGUAUCUGGGUCAUUCAGCAAGAAUACAUGUACUUUAGAGGAAGUGGAAAAGCUGCAGAGAUGAAGCGUGAAGCCGCACGUGGAGCUAUGAGGGCAGCAUUAUGAUAUGCGCUCCCUAAAUCUCAGAUUUUAGUGUUAAUACCUGAAGAAAGAAAUAUUCACCAUGAACUGAAGCAUAUGGUAGAUCAUCUUUGUUUCUAUAUUUGCUUGCUGGCUUUCCCCCACGUAUGUUAUAUGUUUCUGAGAUUUAAAAUAUAGAGAUUGUCGCAAACAGCAGCAGAGCACAUUGGUAGCCACUAUUGUUAAUUUUAACCUUAGAGGCUGUAUAGUUUCUAUAUAGUUUCUGCUUUUAUGUUUUUCCUUGCCAA